CUAAAGGAAGCUGCAGCACCGGAAUCUGAAGAAUUCGAGGUGUCCGCCAAGUCUGCUGUUCACCGUCGGCUAGCCUCUCUGUUCCCCUAUCUGUACUAAACUCUCUGCGGACACACUGUAAGAUCAUAGCUUCGUAGUGGGAGCAGAUGUAAUGCAGCUAUCUAAGCAGGAAAAGCAUUUUUUUUUGUGGUGAGAGACAGCACUCGAACAAACCUUACUGAGAACAAACCAGACUUCCUGUCUCUCACACAGUCAGGCUUGUCUAACAAGAAGAAAACAUGUCUCAGGCCGACAAAUUGAAGCAGGGCCAGUUCAACAACCCUGAGACCCCAGGGUACGUUGGAUUUGCCAACCUGCCAAAUCAGGUUCAUCGCAAGUCAGUCAAAAAAGGAUUUGAGUUUACGUUGAUGGUGGUAGGUGAAUCUGGACUUGGAAAAUCCACCCUGAUCAACAGCCUGUUCCUCACUGACCUUUACCCCGAGAGAAUCAUCCCUGGAGCUGCAGAGAAGAUAGAGAGGACGGUUCAGAUCGAGGCGUCGACGGUAGAAAUUGAGGAGCGAGGAGUGAAGCUCCGCCUCACCGUGGUCGACACUCCGGGAUACGGAGACGCCAUCAACAGCCAAGACUGUUUCAGCACCAUCAUCAGCUACAUUGAUGACCAGUUUGAGCGCUACCUCCAUGACGAGAGCGGUCUAAAUCGUAGACACAUUGUUGACAAUAGAGUUCACUGCUGCUUCUACUUCAUCUCCCCGCUGGGCCACGGCCUGAAGCCCCUGGAUGUCCAGUUUAUGAAGGCCAUUCACAAUAAGGUCAACGUGGUUCCUGUCAUCGCCAAGGCGGACACGCUCACCCUCAGAGAGAGGGAGAGGCUCAAGCGCCGGGUUCUGGAUGAGAUCGAUGAGCACGGCAUCAAGAUCUACCACCUUCCUGAUGCUGAGUCUGAUGAGGAUGAAGAUUUCAAAGAGCAGACCAGGAUCCUGAAGGCCAGCAUCCCUUUCGCAGUUGUGGGAUCCAACCAGCAGAUUGAGGCCAAAGGGAAGAAGGUGAGGGGCCGCCUGUACCCCUGGGGGGUGGUGGAGGUGGAGAACCCAGAGCACAACGACUUCCUCAAGCUGCGGAUCAUGUUGAUAACCCACAUGCAGGACCUACAGGAAGUGACCCAGGACCUCCACUACGAGAACUUCCGCUCGGACCGCCUCAAACGGGGUGGCAGGUUGUCCUCCCAUGGUUACAUUCUGCCUCUGUCUCCUGCAAAGGGCCCGGAGCCAGAGGAAACGGACAAGGACAUGAUCCUGCAGGAGAAGGAGGCUGAGCUGAGACGAAUGCAGGAGAUGAUCGCCAAGAUGCAGCUGCAGAUGCAGAAGCAGGGCGACGGAGAGGGAGACGGCCAACAUGUGUGAAGAGUCAACGGUGUUCGGGCCGCUGCUCCAGUUUGACUGAGGAGGGAUGAUAGCUGAGAACGUGUAAAGGCAUCCUGGUUAUUGCCUGCUUGCCACUAUUUUUUAUUCCAAUCCUUUACAGGAUCUGGAGUCAUUUCUUUUUAUACAUACAGUAAAGUAUAUUCAAACAGUGUUAUGUUUAUAUAUUUCCACACGGUUCUAUUUCUUUCUUUCUUUGCUUUUGCCAGUCACUCAAAUGAAGUCAUGUGACCCAUCUUCUGAAAAGGUGGCAUAUAUCUUUCAUACAAACUGUUACUUUUUUUUGCUAUUUAGAAAACCAAAGUACUGUUACUUGUUUUCUGGAACAUCUCUGAAAACACGUGCUAACUCAUUUGGGAGAGUGAACUAUGGGACAACUGGUAGCUUUUUCCGCCAUUGUUAUGCCCUUUUUGUGAUAUUCUUUUUGUUGAGAGAAAACAUGAUUCUCUCUGUCUAUAAAUGACCACUUAAGUUUCCAAUUCAUAGAGUCCACCUCGCUCAUUGUUAAAAAAUUAGCCGAAUCAUGUGCAUACAAGUCGACCAAGGUCAGAUUUUCCAGUGAAUUGUCCCUCCUCUCCUGUCAAAGUCUCCAUUGGUGCAGUUCUCAGAUCAGUGUAUUUUAAAUAUGAUGGCAUUCAAGUGACAGUCUUCCUAUAGACAAAUGAAGGACUUUCAAAUGAGGUGCGAUGCCUCUGUUUGGUGCUCUCCAUCAACUAGAAGUAAUUCCUCCAUGUUCCCUCUACAAUGUCAAGUGCCAGGCCGCAUUGUUUCGUUGAUGCAGGGAGAGGUAGCAGUCCCUACUGCCGAGUACUCUGUGGUUCCCUGACCACAGAGAUUGAAAAAACGACCCGAUGAGGUCGGUGUAGCCAUCGUUCCCCUCACCAGCCAAGAUGUGAGUUCUCGACAUUCCUCUGUGCUGUUUUUACCCAAUUUUUAAAGCACCAAAUAUUGUUCUUGAUGCAUAUAUUGUAAUAAGUUUAAUAAACUUUAUUAAUCUCUUCUGUGA